CUAUUAUCUAUCUUUAUGAUUAUCCUUUCAUUUCUUUAAAUUCAUCACCCUUCUUCCAGUCUUCUUUGUACUCCCCACUGCUACACAUUCAAUUCCUCACUCAUCGAUCACACGCUCACACCUAUAAUUCAAUUUCCCAUAAUAAAUUUUACACCAAUUUCUCAAUCAUUGCUUUCAAUUUCCUUCCUACCAACUAAAACAACUGAAUUCCCCUUAAUUACUCCCCCUAGAUCUGCUCCCUAACAAAAUUGUUCGAGGGUUUCGCUUUAAUUUCGCCUUUGAUGUUAUCCCACUUCUGGAUUUUGCAGAAAGAGAGGUUUACUUGAGGUAUGACGACGGCGAGCAGUUUCGUAUCCGGGUCCGGGUCCGGGUCGUUGAGUUCAAAACCUGCAACGGGUGUGUCAGAUCAGUUCCCGGUGGGUUUGAGAGUUCUUGUUGUUGAUGACGAUGUUACUUGUUUAAAGAUUUUGGAACAAAUGCUUCGCAGAUGCUCGUAUCAUGUUACAACUUGCUCACAAGCAACUGCUGCUUUAAAUAUAUUAAGGGAAAGAAAAGGUGGAUUUGAUGUGGUUUUAAGUGAUGUUCAUAUGCCCGAUAUGGAUGGAUUUAAGCUUCUUGAACUUGUUGGGUUAGAAAUGGAUCUUCCUGUCAUAAUGAUGUCAGCAGAUGGAAGAACGAAUCUUGUGUUGAGGGGAAUAAGACAUGGGGCAUGUGAUUACUUAAUCAAGCCUAUACGUGAAGAACAACUAAAGAACAUAUGGCAACAUGUUAUAAGAAAAAAAUGGAAUGAAAAUAAAGAACAUGAAAAUUCAGGGAGCAUGGAGCACAAAAGAGGAGGAGGAGGAGGAGGUGAUGAUAAUCAUGAUAGUGAGUAUGGUUCUUCUGUUAAUGAAGGAGGAGAAAAUGGGUUGCUGACUUGUCAUAAAAAAAGAAGAAGUAUUAAAGAAGAAGAUGAUUGUGAACUUGAAAGUGAUGAUCCAUCUGCUUCAAAAAAGCCACGUGUUGUUUGGUCUGUGGAGUUGCAUCAGCAAUUCGUUAGUGCUGUGAAUCAACUUGGAAUUGACAAGGCUGUACCAAAGAGAAUUCUUGAAUUGAUGAAUGUGCCAGGUUUGACUAGAGAAAAUGUUGCAAGUCAUUUGCAGAAGUUUAGAUUAUACUUAAAGAGAUUAAGUGGUGUGGGAGGUCAACAAGGAGGGGGUCAAAAUUCAUUUGGUGGGCCCAUAGAACAAAAUCAAAAACUAGGUUUAUAUGGAAGAUUGGAGAUCCAAGCACUGGCGGCUUCCGGCCAAAUCCCGCCGGAGACACUGGCGGCACUUCAUGCUGAACUUUUCGGGCGGCCAACCGGAAAUGUCAACUUGCCGCUAGUUGACCACCAACCGAUAUUACAAUCAUCUAAUUACGGUCAACCCCUCCCAUCAAAGCAAAUUUCACAACCCGUUGUAGAAGAUGUUCAUUCAUGGCAUGCCAACAACAUGAUUGGUAAUUAUGGUGGAUUGGGAGGGCAAAAUGGUCAUUUAAUAGGGGUAAUGCCAAGUCAACAGGUUCAGAAACAAGCGAUUACGGUUCAACCCUCGCGUCUUGUUGUCCCGAAUCAAUCAUCAUCGGGACCUUUGAAGAAUCUUGGAUUUGUAGGUAAAGGGAAUUCGAUUCCAAUGUCUUCUCUGAAUAGGUUUAGAUCAUGAUUUACAUAUCAAGAUGGUUGGUUAGAAGAUUCAUCUACAAAUCAGAAAUGAAUCAUGAAGGUGAUGAAUCGGUGUUCUUAGAGGUCAAGAAGAGUGUUGUUAGGUAGGAUUAUUAUUGAACAAGUUCAUAGAAUCGUGGGACUUGUUGAUCUUAUUAUAUAAGUUUUUACGGGUUAUAUAUGUAGCUCAUUCAUCAAUAGUUAUGCAAAGAUUUAGUGAUUGUAAUUAUGUCUCUCUUGUAUGGUAGCUGUAGAAUUGUAUCGUAAUGUUUUUACUCGAUUC